AGCUUGAGCAAAAGUAAGAAAGAAGAACAAAAAGUUCAGUGAAAGGAGAAACAUAACACAUACAUAAUAAUACACAUCGACAUAUUUAUAUAGAUGGUGGGCUCGGAACCUCAUCACCAUCAUCAUCAACAACAUCAUCAAAACCAUCAGCAACAGCAGCAGCAACAAAGGAGCAAAGAAGCUUUGGGGAUGGUGGCUCUACACGAAGCCCUAAGAACCGUUUGUCUCAACACCGACUGGACUUAUUCUGUCUUCUGGUCCAUCCGUCCCCGUCCGAGAGUUCGAGGCGGUGGCAACAGCUGCAAGGUCGGCGACGACAAUGGAAGCUUGAUGCUGAUGUGGGAAGAUGGAUACUGCAGAGGAAGAGGAGGAUCAGGAGAUUGCUAUGGAGAGAUAGAAGGAGAAGAUCCAGUUCGUAAAUCUUUCAGCAAAAUGUCAAUCCAGUUAUAUAAUUAUGGCGAAGGGUUAAUGGGGAAGGUUGCUUCUGAUAAAUGCCACAAAUGGGUUUUCAAGGAACAAACCGAAUCAGAAUCUAAUGCCUCCAGUUACUGGCAAAGCUCCUUUGAUGCUAUUCCUUCAGAGUGGAAUGAUCAGUUUGAAUCUGGAAUUCAGACCAUAGCUGUUAUUCAAGCUGGACAUGGCCUUCUACAACUCGGUUCUUGCAAGAUUAUACCUGAAGACCUGCACUUUGUACUUCGGAUGAGGCACACCUUUGAAUCACUCGGUUACCAAUCCGGUUUUUACCUCUCUCAGCUCUUCUCCUCAAACCGCAGCCCUUCGUCUUCAAACACAUCCCUCAUGGGCUCGAACCACCCUAUACUUCCUCCGCAGACUCAACAACUGCAACCCUCUCAGCUUCCUCUCUACAACUGGAGUGGCUCCAGCCAACGACCAAUGAUGGCUCAAUCCUCUUUGCCUGCCUACCAGCCUCACAUGCCUUUCCCUGUGAUGCCGCAUGCAAACAAAGAACCAGACUCCGACAUGAAAUGGCCCACAGGGCUAUCUUUCUUCAAUGCAUUGACUAACAACGUCAACGCUAAGCUUCUGUUUGACUCGGAGGGUUUAGGUGACAAACCAGAGCAUCAGAGCCACCAGGACCAGAGCCAAGAACAGAGCAACGCCGAGAGUCAUGCGAAUCCGAGUGAGUUCUUGAGCCUUGAUAGUCACCACCGAAACAUGAGUUACUUGGAGUAAUGAUAUUUUCGUGUAUGCCUCUCGUAUGGAACUUCGUUUGCUUCUUUUAUUUUUAUGUCUUCUGUUUGUUGUUUUGAUGGUUUUGUCAUGACUUUGUGUUGAACAUAGUUGUUUACUCUCUCUUGUUUCAAUCAA